AUGCCCCAAGUGGGGUUAGCACUCUAUCCACAUGGCGAGCUUGAAGAUUGGUGGGUGGAUCUGAUGUACCUUCAGUCACGGCACUCCCUUCCUCUGGCUUCCAACGUUGUCGGGUUUGUACCUAUCACGGACCACAUGUGGUCUGCCGUAGGGGUGGAACCGGCAGACAGGGUUCCACUGUUCCUCUGGGCAGCACUCUAUCUGUGGAAACUCCUCAGGAAAGAGCAGAUACCAGUUGACAAGGAUGUGCUCACGGGACAGCCGUUCUGUAUGAACCAGUUUCGCAGCAUGUUCUCAGCUCACAGGGUUCCUGGUGUGACCAUGGACAAGAUUGUCAGCCAUUUUAAGACAGAAUCAGAAGGCCCAUCACCCACCCACAUCACUGUGCUGUGUAAGGGUCGUGUGUUCAAGAUGGAGGUCAUCGAUCAAGAGGGUGAACCUCUAACUCCUGCAGAACUUAAAACACAACUUGAGGUCGUGAAACAACAAUGUGAGAACGUCUGUGAGGGACCUCACAUCUCUGUGCUAACUGCGGGAAACAGAACAGAAUGGGCAAAGACUAGAGAGAAGAUGGUGGAGAUGGACCCAGUCAAUGCUCGUAACCUGUCCGUCAUUGAGAAGAGUAUCAUAGUCUUAGCGUUUGACGAUGCCACGCCGAAGGACAGUGGAGAGGUCCUACGCCAGGUGUUGGUGGGAAGUAGUAGGAACAGAUGGUUUGACCAUGUGAACACUGGAGUGGCCUUCAAGAGUGGUAUUUUCGCUUCCCAAGUCGAUCAUACUCCAGCAGAUGGCAUGGUGGGUAUUUAUUAUAAAAACUUCCUUCUUGCUCAGGCUCAGAGGAUUGCACCAAUUCAAAAGGUAACAUACUUAAAAUUUGUCAUUAAUUAGUAUUCUGUACAGAGCAUGUUUGGG